AUGUUUUCUGUGUCACGAACGUUGCUACCCCCAAUACCCUCUGAUGAGUUACUGCUUCACACUACAUUUUUCACGAUUAUUCAGAUUCUUAGUAUGGGAGGGUGGCCCUGUAUGCUGAAUCUCAUACUAGCCACCCUCGCGUCUACUUUGGCAAUAGCACCCAUCGGUCUUCUGGGCUUUCUUCUCCUUGUCUCAUUUUCUUCGCGUCAAAUCAGCUGUCUUUCAAAGCACGACCAGACCGUCAUAGGGAAGCCUCUCCUUUUUCCUGCCACGCUUGAUCAUACUCGCCUAUCAUCAAUCAAAAACAAAUUCACCUUCAAUGUCUUAUUUGUCGGUAUACCGAUAGGACUCAGCUGCCGAUUCGGACGACUGCUUUCUAUUGAUGCAGAAGAUGUGGAUGAGAAUAAGUGCAGUGAGGGAUCCCUAGUUCUAGCUUGGUCGAGGUCCCUCUUUUCCAGCUGGUUUAGUUUUGACUCGGCAAGAUACCUCCACCGUGGAGAUGGCACACUCAGCUUACAGAUCAAGUUACAAAAGUUUCUGAAGGAGCAUAAUGAGGACCCUGCCAAAUGGCCUUACGCGUAUAUGCUGAGCGUACCACGGUUUUUGUGGUGGGAAAGGAGCGUGGUGACAUGGUGGUAUUUAUAUUCACCAAGCAAGGAGUUGGAUGCGGUGAUUAUGGAGAUCAACAACUCAUUUGAUGAGAAAAGAAACGUCUUGUUCAGGGUACAGCGUACGAACACGAAUGCUAGAAGCUCAGCAGAGGAUCACCAGCAACACGUGGACCUUAAAGAGGAGUACUUAGAUAAGGGCAGAAGGGUAUGUUCGCUGAACCCACAACGUGAACCAUACGCCUACAAAGCGACCUGGAAGAAAGAGAUUUUUGCCAGUCCAUUUGAAAAGGUCGGAGAAACCAUAUCUACCACGUUCAUGGAUCCUGUAGCGCCUGCAUCAUGGUCGGGAAAUCGGUCUCUCUCAAACACGACCACUCUGGAUUCCUCUGGAUCUCCUAGAAUGAUAGCCAGGCUUUGGUGCAAGGUACCACCCAUCGACCCAAGCCAGGCCUCAUCGUUCCAGAUCUUUCGUCUCCUCUUGACAUGGACUUUGUAUAUCACCUUGACAACGCCAAGAAUCCUCUUUAUAGCCAUCCGGCUUCACAUAACGAACCUUAUGAGGAUGAUGGACCGACCAGAUAUACGACCUGGGAGCGAGCCAAGACGUGCGACUAAUGGGGAAAGGAAAGAUGCUUCUCUCAGAAUCCUACAUGAUAUUUUUGGGCUAGAUACUAAUUUGUACAAUAGGGCGCUAGAACACUUCUUCCGAGAAUAUCUCAAACACAUCGUUGCCUCUUAUCCAGGGAACUUAGAAGUCACAUACAUACCUUGCAAGUCAGUAUCGAAAACCACAACUUGUCUGAAAUCUACACAAUAUUUCAAAGACAACAAUCCCAUGCAUUUGAGAUUCGAGGUUAUGGAUCCAGCCUUCUAUUCUCGAAUUGUCAAUUCCCCGAACGCAAGCAUUGCUAUGGCGAAGGAAACAAAGCCUGGAAGGUCACAUGCUGAUUCAUUAUCAUCACCCGUAAUUGCAUCCGAUGUAUCUCUAUUUGUACAGGUAUUAGAUCAGACCGUGAAAGGGAUCAGGAAUUACGAUGAGGUCAGCACCGGACUGUCGUCACUAAUAUUCUCUCUUCGCCGUUGGCUGACUCCCUCGUUCAUGGAUUUCUUUGUUUGCAAUGUCCUCCCGCCUCGUACACAGGAUGACUAUAUCUUGUGUCUAACCCAACUAUGGGUGGAGAAAGUGACGUGGAACCUUCUGAGUCCUCAUCAGAUAUACAGCGUGAUCAAGGCUGCGGGGCUGCAGUGGGUUAUUUGCUGGAUACUGUUCCGCAUGGCAUGA